AGUGGUGGCAGUGUAGUGGUGGUACCUGCCUGUCUCCCCUCCCCUCUUCCCUUCCUUCGCCUGCAAGGCCAGGCCCCUACCUCCAUUGACAAUUUCCUCCGCCUCCCCACCCCACCUCCACCCCCAGGCUCGCCUCCGCCGCGCCGCGCCGCGGGGCUCCCGUCCGGCGCCCCACCCCCCUCCCCCGAUGGCCGCGCAGGCGAUCCACCAGUUCGCCGAGUGCAUCACCUGCCACGCCUGGAGCCCCGACCACUCCAUGAUUGCCUUUUGUCCAAAUACCACAGAAGUACACAUUUAUAAGUUUUUCACGGACAAGUGGGAGAAACUUCAUGUUCUUGCAAAGCAUGACCAAAUAGUAUCUGGAAUAGACUGGAGUAGAUCUUCCAACAAAAUUGUGACGGUUUCACAUGAUAGAAAUUCAUAUGUUUGGACACAAGAAGGACAAGAUUGGGUACCUACGCUCGUUAUUCUCAAGCUAAAUCGUGCAGCCUUAUGUGUCCAGUGGAGCCCAAAAGAAAAUAAGUUUGCUGUGGGAAGUGGUGCUAAGUCUGUAUGCAUUUGCUACUACGAACAGGAGAACAACUGGUGGAUUAGCAAGGUUAUUAGGAAGAAGCAUGAAUCAUCUGUUACUAGUGUUGCAUGGCAUCCAAACAAUAUACAUCUUGCAACAACUUCUACAGAUGGUAAAUGCAGAGUGUUCUCCACGAUCAUCAAGGGUGUAGAUACAAGGGGACCACAAGCAGGCGCCUCUAUGGAUUGGAAAUUUGGAGAGCAAAUUGCUCAACUUGAUCUAUCCCCUACAUGGGCGUUUGGUGUAAGGUGGUCACCAAGUGGGAAAACAUUGGCCUAUGCAGGGCACAGUUCCAUGAUUUAUUUUGUUGAUGACGUUGAAGGGUCUCCUGCUGCACAAAAUUUGGCACUGCGUGAUCUGCCUCUCCGUGAUAUUCUUUUUGUUUCUGAAAAGAUGGCGAUUGGUGUUGGAUUUGACUGCAAUCCUUUGAUCUUUGCUGCAGAUGAGACUGGACUUUGGAGUUUUGUCAGAUAUUUGGAUGAAAGGAAAGUUACCCCAUCAACUUCAAAAGCGUCACAGCUCUCGGAGGCGCUUGGUAAGUUGUACGGCCAAUCGAGGCAAGGGUCAAGCAGCGACACCGUCGAACCAUCGAAGCCUCGCGGCGGCGCUCACGAGAACUGCAUAACCUGCAUCGUGCCGUUGAGAAAAGGGAGCGACAGCAUCAUCAAACGGUUCAGCACUUCAGGGCUGGAUGGCAAGAUUGUGGUAUGGGAUUUGGAAAAUCACAUCACCAUUCCAAAAUAGACCCUGUGGAUGGAUGGUGCGCGAUUCUGGACGGUGGGUAGGCCUGCAGGUUCUGGAAGAUCCAGGUGCCAGGGAAGGUAGAUUGCUUAUUUUUUGUUGUACCUGUACACAAACAAACCAUUCGUUUAGCCAGCUCUUUUAGCGUAGGGGGCCAUCACUACUAUAAGUUGGCUUUCAUAUUUUUGGAAACCGGUUCCGUCGUUCUCUCCGAAUUUCGUCAUCUGUAACACCUGUAUAAUCCUAGGUAGGAUGCAAUGCCAUAAAUUUCCAUACCCGCCA